UAUUCUAAAAAUUGUUUUUAAAUUAUAUGUUGUACUGAUUUCUACUUACACUAAUAAUAAAUACAUUUCAAUAAAAUUAAGUUGGAAUACGUACACAAACUCAACGCCAAUUGAUCAAUGUAAACACUUUAUUAAUUAGUCAAAAAAUCGCAUUGAUCUAGAAUUACGCUACUUUCAAAUCAAUAGAUUAUUAACCGAUCAAUAAACCCCCCACUCUGACACGUUUGUUUACAUCGGUUAGAGUAUUUAAACCCGGCGUUUAAUUCAAUAAUAAUACUAAACCAUAAUCCAGUUAAACAGUGAAACGCUCAACUAAAAAUAAUCUAACGAAUUCGGCCCGGUGCCAGCAAAUGAACAGUUUGUUUCUCUAUCUCACGUUGAAGGAGAGGUUCACCUAAAUGUUAACUACGAACUAAAAGUAAAAAAAAAGGUUUUAUUGUAAUUUUUUAUUUGUGUGUGUGCAAAAUGAGCACGGUGCAGUGGCGCGAGUUUACUGAUAAUGAAACUGUAACGUCCGUUUUAAUCGAUUUGGCUUACCGGGAUGUCAGACAUGAUUAUUUUUCCAACUAUGAAGUCGUCGAAUUUCUCAAAGGUCUCGGCAGGAUGUUCUACAUCGUCAAUCCGGCGGAGACAACAUUUCAACAUCCCCAGGAAGUUCCAAAAUUCUUUAGAAACGCUUGGCCCUUUUUUCUAAUGUUUAUGAUCUUAGAAAACAUUCUUUUGUGGAUUGAAAGAAAACCCACCUUCAGACUCAAUGAUGGGAUCACCAGUUUAUCUCACGGCCUGAUUCAAGAAUCUGGAAGAUUGCUCUUUAGGGGUGCCGAAAGUUACGUCUACGUCUACAUCUACGAACAUUUUCGGUUGUACGAAUUUGCCUGGGACAGCCCGAUAACAUGGUAUCUGGCUGCUGUGGGAGUAGAUUUUUGCUAUUAUUGGGUGCACAGAGCUUGUCACGAAGUUCAUAUUCUGUGGGCCCAGCAUCAGGUUCACCAUAGUUCGGAAGAGUUCAACUUGGCGGUGGGUUUGAGACAGUCGAUAGUGCAAGGCUGGUGCGGCUUCAUCUUUUAUCUUCCGCUGGCUUUUUUCAUCCCACCAUCGCACUUCAUCACUCACCAGCAGUUCAACUUGUUGUUCCAAUUUUGGAUCCACACAAAGACCGUUACAACUUUGGGACCUUUGGAGUACAUAUUUAACACACCACAACAUCACAGAGUCCACCAUGGUAGUAACAUUUAUUGCUUGGACAAAAAUUAUGGAGGUGUUUUAAUAAUUUGGGACAGAAUGUUUGGAACUUUUGCCAGUGAACGCAAAGAUGAAGAAAUUGUAUACGGACUGGUGUUCCAACAACCUUCGUUUAAUCCUCUACAUCUUCAGACUUUCUAUACAGCCUAUGUAAUUGAGAAAUUUAAAGGAUUAACAAAGUGGCAAGAAAAACUUGCUGCAAUUUUCUAUGGACCCAGUUGGGAGCCUGGUAAACCUAGAUUGGGAAUGGAAGAGGAUAAAGUUAAAGUUACAGUUAGAGAAAAAUACGACGUUCAGCUUCCAUUCUGGUGCAACUGUUAUUUACUGACACACUUUUGCAUUGUGGUUUAUGGUUUUCAAGAAUUAGCUUCAAUCCACAUGGGAUUAAACGCGUUAACAGUAUUUGGAUUUGUGCUCUACAUUAUCGCAUCAUUGACUACAAUCGGUAUGAUUUUCGAUAAUCAUCCUUAUGCCAGUGUAUUUGAACUGCUUCGUUGUAUGGUACUAGUCACAGCAAUACAAAGGAUGAAUAUGGAUGCUGACAAAACUUUGUUGGGCUUCGAAGUUUUCUUUAUUAUAUCAGGAUUCUUCUGGUUCCUACAAAGUCUCAAAGUGAUACAAAUUACCCUAAAAUCUAAAACCAAUUAAGAUUUUUGGAUUUUGUUGUUAUAUUCUAUGUUACCAAUAUUUGGUAUGUUAUUUAUAGUUUGACUAUUAUAGUAAUUUAUUUUAGUACUAUAGUUAUGACUGAAUAAGUGUGAUUAAAAUAUCGUGAUAUUGUUAUGAAUAAUAUUGAUUAUUAUAAAUACAAUAAUUGACUAAAUAAA